CCUCCAGACUCUUCUUCGUUGGUGCACUUGCCAUGUUUGCGGAAGCUUGUUUCUAGCAGAUAGCUGGAGGCUUCUUACAUUUACACUUUAUGCUGUAGCUGUAUUUUAUAAUCAAAUAUGAAUCUACCAAAGGGACCAGAUUCGCUGUGCUUCGAUAAGGAUGUUUUUAUGAAGGAUGACUUUGACGUGGACCAGUUUGUGGCGGAGUGUCGGAAGCAGGUCCAGAUGGAGGAGAUGAGGGAGGACCUGGAGCUCUACUACAAGCUGCUGAAAACAGCCAUGGUGGAGCUCAUCAAUAAGGACUACGCCGACUUUGUUAACCUCUCCACCAACCUGGUGGGGAUGGACAAAGCCCUCAAUCAGCUUUCUGUGCCGUUGGGACAGUUACGAGAGGAGGUUAUGAGUCUGCGGUCCUGUGUGAGUGAGGUGAUCCAGGCUAUAGACAACCAGCUAACCAAACAGGAAGAUCUGCAGAAAAAGAAGGUGUGUGUAUUGAGGCUGAUUCAGGUGGUGCGCUCGGUGGAGAAAAUUGAGAAGAUCCUCAACUCGCAGAACUCCAAGGAAUCUGGCUCCCUGGAAAUCAGCAGUCCCUUGUUGGCAGGCCAGGUCCUGGAGAGGAUUGCUACAGAAUUCAACCAGCUGCAGUUCCACGCUGUACAGAGCAAAGGCAUGCCCCUACUGGACAAAGUCAGACCUCGUAUCGCAGGGAUCACCUCCAUGCUGCAGCAGUCUCUGGAGGGCGUGCUGAUCGAGGGUCUGCAAACAUCCAACCUGGACAUGGUGUGUCACUGCCUGAGGACGUACGCCACCAUAGACAAGACUCGAGAUGCUGAGGCCCUGGUGGGGCAGGUGUUGGUCAAGCCAUACAUGGACCAGGUAAUAGUGGAAGAGGUGGUGAAGUCCAGUCCGAAUGGUCUCCAGUUGAUGUACUCCAGACUGUUGGAGUUUGUUCCUCAUCACUGCAGACUGCUCAGAGAGGUGACUGGAGGAGCCAGAUCCAGUGACAAAUCUGUCGUAGUGCCAGGUUAUGAUUUCCUGGUGAACUCUGUGUGGCCUGAGAUGAUCAAAGGGAUAGAGGAGAGAUUGUCCUACCUCUUCAACCCUGGAAACCCCGAAAUAUUCUUUGAGCGUUACAGCGAGAGUAUGGAGUUUGUGCGGAGGUUUGAGCGUCAGUGCAGCUCACAGGCCAGUGUGAAGAGACUGAGAGUUCACCCCUCAUACACCACCUUCCAGAACAAAUGGAACCUGCCUGUCUACUUUCAACUAAGGUACAAGGAAAUUGCUGGAAGUCUGGAGAACGCCAUCAGUGAUGGACUUGAGGCUGCACCAGCAGCUGGCAGUGCCUUCCACCUGCAGGUGUCGGAGGUGUUGUGGUCGUGUCUGAUGAGAUGUUGGUCAGACAAAGUCUACCUGUCCCCUCUGGCACAUCGCUUCUGGAAGCUCACGCUGCAGCUCUACGCACGAUAUGCCAAGUUUCUUGACGAGGUGUUGACUAAGACUCCAACGCCUGAGUUACCUAAAGAGCCGACCAGGCCUCUGCCCAGCUCCGCCUCCUCCACCUCCAGCCGGACGUCGGGGGGGAGUGAGAGCGGGAGUCCUGCCUCUCUGUCCACCAAACAGCUGGUCUACAUAGCAGCUGACAUCCAGAAGCUGCAGGAACAGAUACCAGAGUUGUCAGAGACGGUCAGAAUACGGUUAGAAGCGAUUGGAUUCAAAAACUUUGCUGUGGUGGAAGACGCCUUAAUGGAUUCCAAGACUUGCCUGUCCAGUAGCAUUCCCACUUUAAAUAUCAAGAUGACCCAGCAUCUGACUGAACGCAGUUGCCGCUUCCUGAAGAGUGCCUCUGAGGUCCCAAGACUGUACCGCAGGACUAAUAAGGAUGUGCCGGUGCGUGCAUCCGCCUACAUGGACAACGCCUUGCGGCCGUUAGUUCAGUUACUGACUGACUCAACAGGGCUGGUCCACCAAUCUACAGCAAAAGAGUGGCUGCGAGUGGCACUGUCUGACUGCACACAGAGGUACUAUGAGACCAUCUCUGAGGUUCUGAGCUCAGUGAGGAAGAUGGAGGAGAGUCUGAAGCGCUUAAAGCAAGCCAGAAAGGGUGCAAGCAUGACCUCCACAGCAGGAGCCAACGGUGGACCCACAGACGACAGCAAGAUCCGACUACAACUGGCACUGGAUGUGGAAUACCUGGGGGAACAGAUCGAGAAGAUGGGUUUUCAGCCAAGUGACAUCUCCAUGUUCACCACUCUGAUGGACCUGGUGAAAGAGGCCCGAGAGCUCGCUGAGCAGUAAAAUGUUCACUCCAUAAUAACUGAAACCCAAUAACAUGCUGCUGUUCCUCAACACUAAUGAAGGAAAAACAAUAUUUGUCACAGUCUAGACUAGAGUCAAAGUGUGGUUACAGUUUGUGAUGAGAAGGCCACGAAGAACGUGUGACAAGAACUGACAUUAUGGGGAUAUUUGUGUACAAAAAAAAUCUAAAUUCAGACUUUAAAGCCACAGAGCACAAACAUUUAUCAUCAGGAAUCUGUCGGAUGUGCGGUAGUUGUUGUUGGAAACCUAAAAAAAACGUCAUUGGUUCUGCCGUAGUCAAUGUGAAUAAAAGGGACUGCAUUGUAUAUUAAAUGUUUUUAUAGAAAAUGCCUGAUCCUGGUGAUAUGCACUGCUUUGGAAAGUCAUUGUAUAUGUUGGGUCAGAAUAUUGCAAGAGUCUUAAAUCUAAGUUGUAAAGAGAGAAUGUUAAUAAAUAUUUAUAUCAUUUCUGCUACUUGGUGAAGGAUGCAUCUCAAAUAAGGAAGUCUGUUAGUGUGUAAUAUUUACAUUUUUGUUAAAAUCAAAGUUAUAUAAUAUAAUUAACUUGGGAAUAAAAUUAAGAACUUCGGA